AUGCUAAAUGACAACGUGAAUGAGUUACCGAUUAGGGGUGAUCAUCCCUCAAAAAGAGAAAUAACCAAUGCAAUAAAAUUGCUGAAAAACGGAAAAACUGCAGGUUCUGACAAUAUUCCGGCCGAAGUGCUGAAAGUUGAUUUGCAAUUAACAACGGAUAUCUUAUACCCACUCUUUAAAAUCAUUUGGGAAACAGAAACUUAUCCAUCUGACUGGCUGCAUGGCAUUGUAAUUAAAUUACCCAAGAAAGGAGACCUAAGUGACUGGUUUAAAGGAAGAAAGAAUUACCAAAUUAAUUCUACGUUAAUUGUUAACUACGAAAAGUUACUAAAUCUUAAAAAAAUCCAUUUACUUAUUUUAGAUAUAACUUUCAAGCUAACAAUGCGUCGUAAAACACUUUUUUACACUGUCAACUUAAUAGUACCGUGUGUUGCUCUAACGUUCCUUACAGUGUUGGUGUUUUAUUUGCCUAGCGAUUCCGGCGAGAAGGUUACGUUAUGUAUUUCCAUACUUGUGUCAUUGACUGUGUUCUUCUUGCUGUUGGCUGAAAUUAUUCCGCCAACAUCUUUGGCCGUACCGCUUCUAGGGAAAUAUCUACUAUUUACUAUGAUACUGGUCUCAUUGUCCGUUUGGACGACUGUGUGUGUAUUGAAUAUACAUUUUAGAUCACCAUCGACACAUAAAAUGUCACCACUGUUUCGCAAACUAUUUUUACACUUUAUGCCAAAAGUUUUGAUGAUGCGUCGUACACAAUACACUUUACCGGAUUAUGAUGAUUCCACGCCUAGUAAUGGGUAUACUAAUGAAAUUGAUGUAAGGGAUAGUAUUAGCGAUUUUCCCAGUGAGUUUAAGGACAGCCAGGAUGGAACCUACGACAACGGCGUAGCACAUUCGAUUGAUUCCGAUAAUGUGAUUCCGCGCAACUUAACACCCGAAGUCCUGCAGGCAUUACGUGCGGUCAGAUUUAUUGCACAACACAUCAAGGAUGCUGACAAGGAUAACGAGAUUGUCGAGGAUUGGAAAUUUGUAUCGAUGGUCUUGGAUCGUUUCUUUUUGUUGACUUUUACGCUGUCCUGCGUUUUUGGCACUUUCGCUAUAAUAUGCCAAUCGCCUUCUUUAUAUGAUACACGCCAACCAAUCGACCGUCAACUGAGCGAAAUUCCAUUGCGGAAGCAAAAUUUCAUGCUUCCGCCGGAUAUUGUGCGUCAGAUUGUUAAUUAG